AUGGAAACUCUUUCUUUGCUUUGCUUUACUUGUAGGAGGGAGAAAAGUGAAGUGAAAAACAAAUAUUUAUUUGCAGGAGGGAAAAAAAGCAGACUAAACAACAUCAAGGAGAAGCACUUUGCUGCCAGCAACACUGAGAUUACGCCCUGUAGACAUAAGUAUGCUUCAAGUAUUUUCUCCGAGAUCAAAAUAAAUAAAUUACGUUUUAAUGUUUUAUGUUGUCAUAUUACAUGUUUUAUGUUUGGCCCGCAUUCGAUAUUUGAUUGCAGGCUGCAAAUGAGAACCGAAAAAUCACAUAAAUUUUAUGAACUCGAUGAACGUUAUGGGAUUGAAUUUUGGGCUUUUCAAGAAAAAGUCAUAAAGCGGGAUCCAAUUGCUAAUUAA